AUGUCGCGAAGUGUGCCGUUCGAAGACCCCCUCCUGCAUCCGCCAUCACCGCCUGUCGAGCCCGAGACGACCUCAGCAGGAGCAAACAAGCAACCAGAGCCAGUCAAAUCGCUUCUCGCAGGUCAAGUUGACGAUGGACCCAUCCCUUUCUUCUCAUCUGCCGACACCCCAACCACCUUCACACCACCACCCUUCAAACCACUAUCAAACCGAGCAGCCGCAACUCCAUCGCCUCAACCUCCAGCAGAAGUCAAUACCAUCACCAACCCCACUACAUCAACGCCUAAACUCACCCCCGCCCCCGUUCAGCCAGACUUUGUCGACCCUCUGAGUGCAGCAUCGAGCAAUGACGACCUCAUCACCAACAACAACAACAGUGCUAACACGGGCUCGCUGAACAGGGGAGGAGGCAACAACAGCCCUAAACGAAACUCGGCCAGACUCCCCUCUCCCAGCAUUGGAAUCUCAGUCGCCAACAACAACAGUAUGCCGACAGAUUUCCCGACACACUUAGCGUCGCCACCACUCCCACAGCGUCCACCAACCAUUGGAGGGACCGCCUUUUCUGCGUUCCAGGCGUUUUCCACCGCGCUCAAUCCAUCCAUAGGUGCGGGAACGCCUGUCUCAGUAACAGGUUCGGGAUCUGGUACUCCUGUGCCAGGAGGAACCUCUGAUCUAAUUCUGGACGAACACAGUUCUGAGCAUUCGCAACAGCAGCACCACCAACACCAAAGCCAGCCUUCAAUUGGGCUUGGACUGGACCAACCACAACCUCCAACACCAUCACCUAACGAGGCGCCUUUGCCACCUCCUCUUACAGAGCCAUGGCCAAAACGUCACUCCAUUGGUGUAUCGACCAACCCUUCAGGAAUUAGUUUCCGGGACCAAGAAGAUAUGGAGCGGCAGGAACUGAGUCCAGGACACGAGACCCCUGCGGUGAACACUCCCAGGAGUCCGCCCUAUGAGGGUUCUCGGGAGGCGGGUAACCGUCCAUUACAUAUCAGACCACUUGGUGACCAACCACGAGACCAGUCCUCGGCAAGUUUCCGGUCUCCUGGAUUUGCUAUUCCUCAGAGUCCUAUGAGAAAGGAAGGAUUCCCUGUCUUGAACGCCCACAACAUGUUUCACGAGAUCACCAUGACGGAUGCGAUGAACGACUUGAUGAUCAAACAUAUUCCAGCCGACCAGCGAGUGCUACGGGACUGGAAUGGUCUGACAGAGACAGAACAGAGACAGGCGCCGAGGUCGGAAAUUCUGCGCGAGCUGACCAUUAACAACUCGUGGCGCGCCAUGACAAGAUAUACCCGGUCCCAGAUCCUUAUGACACCUUCCGACCAUAUCCUGGAGUUGAUCAACCUGUGGUAUGCUCGACUGUUGGCGUUGGUGAAACUGGGCCAGUACGAGAUGGCACAGGCCGAGCUGGAUCAAUUGAGCGAUUUGUAUGGACCCCAGUAUCGCUACGAGAAUUAUGCACCCGACUCGGUUGCUGUCCAGGGCGUUCAGUCAAUAGAGCAAUCACAAGAUGGUAUCAGGAGAGGAUGCAUGGUUCCCUUUGAGAUGUUUGUCCUCAAGGCUCGUCUUCAAGGCUACCUCGGCGACACCUACGAGGCUAUCGACCAGCUCUAUGAACUCAUCAUGCGCUCCAAAAAGUUUGAGGCCAUUUGCCAGGUCAGUGAUGACCUGGUGGGCAUAAAGCAGUGGCAGGAUAUUGCAGGCCAGUUGCACUUGAUGGUGCUCAACUACCUGGUCGAGCUCAAGGACUACCCUGCAGCGACCAAACAUGCCCGUGAUCUGUCAAAAAAGUACCCUCGAGACGUCAACUUUCAGUCGGGCCUUGGACGAUUGUACCUGCAGCUGGGUGACCUUGUCCGAGCUGAAGAGGUGUUUAAGGAAGUUGAGACGAUGGUCAAGAGCCAUCGAUCUGAGACUGAACAGGCACACUUCCGUCUUCAGUUAACCAUGAACCAAGCCCUCCUUGCUGUCGCGCAGGGUCAGUGGAUGUCUGCAAAGGCAGCAUUUGAAGAGGUCCUUGCUCAAGAGCCAGAGAACCUUGCUCUGUAUGCAGGUCAAUUGAACGAGGCCAUCCCUCGAGUCGAGAAGUUGAUGUUUUCCUACCCGACCUCUGCAGGCACAAGCGAGCCUCUGGUGUUCAACAUGGCGACGCUGUAUGAGCUCCGGACAGAGGGAUCGUUCAGGAAGAAGCAGCAGGUGAUGGUUGAGGUCUCCAAGUGGGCCGGCGAUCAAUUCAACGUCGCCAUGUUCAAAAUUUAA